AUGUUUUCUAGGUCAAAGAAUUCAAGUUUACAUAAACCUAGGAAACUCCAUUCUCUUGAGUACUUAAAGUACCUCUAUUAUGUGCUUCAAAAGAACUGCGAAUCCGCAGAUUGUAACGCCGACGAGGUAGUUGAAUGUUUGCGCCUCUUCUCCGAGAUCAUCGUAUGGGGUGACCAAAAUGACGGAUCAAUUAUGGACUUCUUCUGGGAGCAAAAUGCCCUCGAAUUGCUCAUUCGCUACAUUGAGCGCCAACAGGAUCGCAGCGUCUGCAUUCAACUCCUUCAAACGCUCAAUAUCCUCUUCGAGAACCUCACUAACAACCGUGCAAUUUAUUACCUCCUCUCGCAGAACCACACCAAUGGCAUAAUUCUGCAUGAUUUUGACUUCAAUGACGAGGAGAUUAUUGGCUACUAUAUUGCCUUUUUGAAAUCCCUCACUUUCCGUAUGAACGAAGAUACUAUUAACUUCUUCUACGACGAGGCACAUUCAAGCUUUCCGGUCUACCAAAGGGCCCUGCGGUUUUUUAACCACUCAGAGAAUAUGGUGCGAAUAGCUGUGCGAACUAUCACACUCAACAUCUUCAAGGUUCGUCACGUGCCUUGUUCCCUCUAUGUCUACGCGCACACCUCGGUGCCGUACUUUUCGCAUCUGAUGGAGGAAGUUCGCAAGACCGCGUGUGCUAUCAACGAGUCACUAUGCCUUACGAAUCGAUUGGCCAGCCGGGGUCACAUUGAGGAUCUGGUGGCAGAGACGGGUGACCACCUCCACUACAUCGACGACAUCUUCGCGCUGGGCAUCCCUGAUCUCACCAACGUUCUCAUCCUCGUUCUCCUCCAGCGCCUCCUCCUGCCCGUCUACGUCUACUCCCUCAUCAAACGACAUCCACCUUCGUGCCUCAAAAGCCAAAAUAACGACAAGUCCAAGGAUGCCUCCUCCUCAUCCCGCGGUUCCUACCUUUUCCAUGCUGUCGCCAUGUUCCUCCUCGCUGAAGUCUUCACCAUUCUCCACCAACCCGAACUUAUCCGUGUUCUCACCGAGGCUAUUCUAAUCGGUGAUCUUACCCUCUUACCCUCUCCUCCCCCACUCAUCACCACCGCAGGUGAGGUGGAGGAUGCAGAGAAGAGAGCAAAUCCAGGCACACCAGCAGCCGAAGGCGGCGAUGUUCUGGUUCACCUGCGCGCCGCGCACCACGGAAAGCGUGCGAUUAGGUGUAUGCCUCCUGGCAGCCGUCUUCAAGCUUUUCUCAAAACUAUUGCUGCUUGUGGAGCUGUGAAUCUUCUUCGCGGCGGUGGUGGGGAGUGGCCAGUUUCUUCCAACCUGGAUGAUGAUAUUGCCAGGUGUUCGGAGUGCAUUCGAAACUAUCUUAAUGGUGGCAGAAAUCAGAGCAGCCAGUUCUCAAAUUCUCCCGCUUCUCAUCAAUCCUUGUCAGAGUUCACUACACAGAUAGCCGUACCGCCCACAGGGGUAUCUCCACCCACCCCUCGUCAAAGUCUAAUUCAGUCAUUGUCGUCGACUCUGGCAACACAGGGAAAUGGCAGUGGUAGUGAUGGUAGCGGCGGGGGUGAUGGUGGAAGCUUCAGUCUCACCGGAAAACCCUUCCUUCGCGCCCUAUUUCGCUCCCUGGAAGUCGGCCCUGGCACCGACUACGACACCUUCUUUGCCCUCUCCCUCCUUAUCGCCAUCAAACAGAAUGGAGGUUUGGACGAGGGAACCCUAGCUUUGGCUCAGUUGCACACUCCCACACAGGAUUUGCCCUGCAAUUCUAUGCUCAUCACCAAACUCCUCGAUAUUAUUAUCGACGCCGCCAAAAUGGGUAGUCGAGUGCGGGUGGCCACUCUUAAUUUGGCUCUCUUUCUCUUCGUCCUUGUGACUCGUGACGCCUCCCACAACUGCCAACUCACAGACAACCAUAGGCAGCAGUUGGAAGCGGCUUUCCUAGAAUCACGUGCCAUUCUGGCCGAUCUCUACUUGACUGAGCCGGAUUUCGCCGACAUCUUCGAGUACGAGGUGUGCCGUUUUCGCAGUCAGAAGCUCAGCCCCUCCAAACUUCUCGAAAAUACCGCCUUCCUGUUCUCCCACGCAGAUGACGCCCUUAAGCUGUUAUCCAACCGUUCUGAAGAGAAUCUCACCGAGCUGCACAACUCUAACGACCCUACCUCCUCGCUUGUCACUCCUCUGCAGCCACGAGGUCCUCUAGAAGGCCCGCCCUAUACUACACUGCCUUUCAGCCAACUGGAACACAUCCAGCGCAUCAUCGCCGUCUACAUAUGUCUCCAUGGCUACCUCUGCGAAUACAUAUUCACAAGGGAAACGAGCGCAGGCGAACCACUAAACGAGGUCACUUCACCAGCGCUAGAACGGAUUCCUGCGUUUGCAUCGUUUGGAGAUAUUCCACCCAGCAAUAAAGUCCUGGUGCCAAUUUCGUGUUCAAUUGACACAAGCGAGCAUCGGCUCUUUGGUUGCGAGGUGGAACAGCAGAAUGGACGAUCCGAAAAACGUUAUCUUAUUAUCACCGAUGUGCAAUUUAUUUCGAUAAUACCAAGUCAUCGCAAAAUGGGUUUCGGAAUCGUCGCUUUUUGUGGACUCAUUCAGGACACCGAACUUCGGUGUGAUCCAACAGACGACUGUGUGUUGAACAUCGUGGUCUACAAGCCAGGUGACCGAUCUGGGCUCACCAUUAGGCGAAUUAUGACGGAGACAGGAAUUGCCUCCUCCUCUCCAUUGCCCAAUGUGUUUCCCAGCAUGAAUGCGAAACUGCGUUUCUGCACCUCUUUCCAGUGCUCCGUAUUCCACAGAAUGGUGACUCAUAGCCUUGAGAAGAUCGUUGCUGCAAAACAGGAAAAAUUAAAACAACUAUUGAACGUAUCGGAUAAGCCCACCCGCCCAAGUGGUCAGUUCUUAUUAAGCGAAGAAUCAUCCAAUCAAUCACGUCCACGUUCUCCACCCAUGACCACAAAACCAUUGAGAACCACUGGUUCUGCGCCUACCACCCUCCUUCAAAAAGCCAGGGCUUAUUCACUCUCUUCCACCGCUGCUAUUAAUAGUCACGUAUCUGACGCUAGUCAUCAUUCUACCGCAAGCAAGACGACAGAGGAGAUGCAGGCCAUAGCAAUGGUGGACCUCUCACGUCGAGCCAACAUCUUUAAGACCACGUCCGAGUAG